AUGACGCUAGGCGUGGUCAACGGCGUUCUCGAGGCGACGCGGUACCUGCCGCAGGUGUACAGCUCGUACGUAAACAAGGGCAGCGGGAGCUUGUCGUACGUGCGGUUUUUUCUGUGCAUCGGCGGCGGGCUGGGCGCGACGAUACAGAAGCUCGUCCUGGGCGCGUUCUAUACACUGGUUCCCAUACGACCGCGCGAGGACAUAUCGACGUGGCUGCCGCCGCUCGUCGGGCACGGGUUGGAGGUUGUCAUCUUCGUCAUGAACCUGUAUUACGACCUCAGCAGAGGCCAAGGGAUCAUCGCGACCGGGAAGGGCCCCGGGAAGUACAAGGGGGGAGGACCCGGCGACAGAGCGGACGAGACGACACCGCUGGUGGAGCGGAUGCGCUCGAUGCGACGGGAUGGCGGCGGCGGAGGCGGAGGCGGCGGCGGCGCGGGGAUGGGGGACGGCGACGGCGACGGCGACGGCGACGGCGACGGGUUCUCGUAUCCCAAACGCGGGUGUUUCAGCACCCCGCUCGGGCGGAAGAUCAUCAAGUACAUGUGA